UUAUUUUUUUAGCGAUUUUCUUAAGUGGUGGUCGAUUAACUGACGAAAUUGUGUUUGUCACUAUGAAUUUUUCGAUAUACAUUUACUUAAGUAUUAUUGCAUUGUUUUCUCUUGCAAUUAAUGUUGUUGCAGAGAUUUUUAUUUCAUUGAAGAGACUGCAGGACUUUCUGCUACUCCAAGGAAAAGAUAAUAUUUCAGCCAAAGGUAUAGAAAAAAAUCAAAAAUUAAUUGAAAUUAAUGGUAUUUGGAUGGAAAGAGUUCAAGCUGCGUGGAAUAAAGAAACCGAACUAACAUUGGAUGGUAUAUCGUUACAAGUACAGCCUGGAGAAUUAUUAACUGUUAUCGGCCCUGUUGGAUCAGGAAAGACAUCUUUACUAAUGUCACUAUUAAGCGAAAUUCCUGUUAUCUCCGGAAAAAUAUCAGUGAAGGGAAAAAUAGCUUAUGCUUCACAAGAGGCGUGGAUUUUUAAUGGCUCUAUAAGAGAAAAUAUCUUAUUUGGAGAAGAAUAUCAAGAAGAGAAAUACAGAUAUAUUAUACAUAUAACGGCUCUUGAAAAGAAGCAUGAACCUGUCGUAGCAAUUUAUUAG